CCUGGACCAGACGGGAACGACAUGCUGUAGCACGUUUAGGAGUUUCGCUGGUAAUCUGUGUGUAGUAGAAGGUUUGAGUUCAUUAUGCCGACUGAUACUAAACGAGUCCGCGGCCCGGAUGUGUCUCAAAGCCCGUCUUUAUAUGUGUACAGCCCGGCGCCUGUUUGCGCUCCGGACGGCCUCCGGGCCGACGGUCGGCAGUGGGAUCAGGUAGACGUUCGUCCGGUUUUCGUCCGGUGUGGACUCGUUAGUCAGGCCAAAGGUUCAGCGUACAUCGAAGCGGGACACACCAAAGUGAUCAGCUGCGUUUAUGGCCCCAGAGAAACGGAGCGCAAAGACGACACUGACAUGAAGAGCGGAAGGUUGGUUACUGAUAUGCGGUUUGCACCAUUCUCUUGUCCGGAGAGGGGCUCCUGGAUUCAGGGUAGUCAAGACAAGGACUGUUCCCUGAUGCUCCAGGAGAGUCUGCAGCCGGCCAUAUGUCUCCACAAAUACCCCCGCUCACAGAUUGAGGUAAACGUGGUGGUUCUUGAGAAUAGCGGCUCAGUUCUGGCUCACGCCAUUACGUGCGCUUCACUCGCCCUCGCACAUGCCGGAAUUGAAAUGUACGAUAUGGUACUGGGCUGUACCAUUCGCCAGGCUGGUGCUUCUUACAUGGCUGACCCUACUUACAUGGAGGAAAACAGCUGCAGCUCAGCCAGUGGACAGAACCAGGGUGGUCUAACGGUUGCUUUCCUCCCCAGCCUGAACCAGAUUUCUGGACUGCAUUCAGAUGGAGAAAUGACAGAGGAGACUCUGACAGCCAGGGUUCGGACCUGUAUAGAGGGUUGCUAUAAACUGUACCCAGUUAUCCGGCAGGCCCUGGCCAAGGCUUUACGCAAGGCUGCUCCACCUCCACCAGAGAGCUGAUUUAUUUACCUUUUGUAUCUUUACGCUCACAGUCCUUCUUUGACAAAAAAAAAGUCUAUUUUCAUGUAUCUACUUUGUGUUGUGUCAUUUCAAUGACUUUUACUAAAACUGAUGGAUCCUGCUUAUUUCUAAAAUAAUAAAGUGAUUAACAUGCACAAAAUGGUGUGGCCACUAAUGCUAACAUACAGGUGUGAUCAUGUUCCACAUUAAUUACCUCCAACAUCGAAGUUGGAGGCAUUAAUUAAUGCCCCGGUUUGUAUGUUUGUUUGUGAACAACUUGGAGCCUUCACUUUUUCAUAUAUAGUUUAGAAAUUCUUACUGAAGAUUCAUAUUCUAAGAACUGAUUCCAUUUUCAAGGUUAAAGGGCAAAUCUUGGAAAAAAAAUCCCCUUAACCCUAUAACGCCAAGUGUAUCAUAUUUGAUACAGGAUUUUCUGAGAUGUCUGCUUCAUCAGUGUGAUAUUUUCUCCCCAAAAAACCCAUCGUAUACAAUGAGAUACU